AGUGCGCUGCACCCCCGGCACCGGCUGGGGGCGAGCAGACCUCGGGCCGCCGCCGCCGCCGCCGCCGCCGCAGCCGUUGCGACCGCUGCAGCGGCGUUCAGAGGGCCCGGAGGUGGGAGACUUCCCGCACGGUGACUGAGAUGUCGUCCACUGCGGCGUUUUACCUUCUCUCUACCCUGGGAGGCUACUUGGUGACCUCAUUCUUGUUGCUUAAAUACCCGACCCUGCUGCACCAGAGAAAGAAGCAGCGAUUCCUCAGUAAACACAUCUCUCACCGCGGAGGUGCUGGAGAAAAUUUGGAGAACACAAUGGCUGCCUUUCAGCAUGCAGUUACAAUUGGAACUGAUAUGCUAGAAUUGGACUGCCAUAUCACAAAAGAUGAGCAAGUUGUAGUUUCACAUGAUGAGAAUCUAAAGAGAUCAACUGGGAUCAAUGCAAACAUCUCUGAUCUCAAGUACUGUGAGCUCCCACCUUACCUUGGCAAACUGGAUGUCUCAUUUCAAAAAGCAUGCCAGUGUGAAGGAAAAGAUAACCGAAUUCCUUUACUGAAGGAAGUUUUUGAGGCCUUUCCUAACACGCCCAUUAACAUCGAUAUCAAAGUCAACAACAAUGUGCUGAUUAAGAAGGUUUCAGAGUUGGUGAAGCAAUAUAAACGAGAACACAUAACAGUGUGGGGCAAUGCCAGUUAUGAAAUUGUAGAAAAGUGCUACAAAGAGAAUUCAGAUAUUCCUAUACUCUUCAGUCUGCAACGUGUUCUGCUCAUUCUUGGCCUUUUCUUCACUGGCCUCUUGCCCUUUGUGCCCAUUCGAGAACAGUUUUUUGAAAUCCCAAUGCCUUCUAUUAUAUUGAAGCUAAAAGAACCACACACCAUGUCCAGAAGUCAAAAGUUUCUCAUCUGGCUUUCUGAUAUCUUACUAAUGAGGAAAGCUUUGUUUGACCACCUAACUGCUCGAGGCAUUCAAGUGUAUAUUUGGGUAUUAAAUGAAGAACAAGAAUAUAAAAGAGCUUUUGAUCUGGGAGCAACAGGGGUAAUGACAGACUACCCAACUAAACUUAAGGAUUUUUUGCAUAAUUUUCCAGCAUAGAAAAAGAGGUACUUAGAAGUAUUCAAAGAAAACAUGAAAAGACCUAAGAAAAAGGAAAAGGCCUAUUUCACCAUCAUUUCCAUAAGCCAUUUCCAGGAUGGUAAAAGGUUUAAUCAGUUAAGUUUUUAUUACCUCAUUUUUAAGCCUGUAUGAGAAUGUAGAAACUAUAUAUUGUAUAUUUAUUUUAAACAAUAUUGCAUAUUUUAUGUUUGUAAAUUGUGUAGAAAGAUAAUUGUUAUGAGAUGUAAGUAGAAGAUUAUUGAUCAAGAUUUCUGUACAUGAUGCAGUAUUCUAUUAUAAGUAAUUUUGAAAUCAAAGACUGAUAAAUUUGACAUUAGCCUUCACUGGAGUAAGAUCAACUAAUUGGUAUAAGAAAAUUAUUGAAGACCAUUACAACUAUUCUGUGUUAUCUUGUUAUUUCUAGGUACAUCUUAGUUAAAGGGGAAAAUACAAUGGAAGAAGAACUUGGAUAUCAGUGAUAUAGUUAUCUGGCAAGUUAUACAUUGUUAACAGCAGGGAGCUCAAGGAAAUAAGUAACGUUGAUUACUUGAUCAGAAAUAAAAUCCGUGGACUGAAUUAGAUUUCUCAGUUGCUAUUGUUAAUGGGGCAUUCUAUUUGAAACCUUUUUCAGGUGUGUAACAAUUUUACUGUGUCUAUUUUUUUAACACUAAAAAUGGACUUAUUGAUUGUAAAUUAAGACACGAUCUAAAUAGUCAUAUUUUUAUGUUUCCUUUAAAGAAAUGUAAGAUUUCCAUUUUUGGCAUUGGCUAACUGUUUGAGCCUGUAUCUAGGUUUUAAAUAACAUCUUGCAUCCUAAUAGUCAUUUUAAACUGAUGGAAAGUACAUAUCAUUGUUUCUAACACUAUGGUAUAAACCUCCUGUUCCUGAUCUUUGAGAAUUCAUUCUUCUGAAUGUUAAGUAGAAGCAGAAUUUUCCAAAGCAUUAGACAUUCUCAGCUUUUCUGAUGUGACUUCAUGUAAAUCUGUUUCUAAUCUUUUUGACACAUUUUCACAGUCUCAGAUUGUGAGGUCAGUAUAUUCUGGAAUAAUUGUCUUUCACCUAGAUUGCAUCUCUCAUUUGGACUUGGGCAGCUAAACAGCUCUGAAGGAUGACUGUACUCUCCCAUCUGUCCCUGGAUGACAUAAAUAUCAUUUGCUUUGUGGUUUAAACCGAAAUAAAGUUUUGCAAGAACAAAA